AAUAUUAUUAUUCAAACAUUUUCGUUUAAACAAAAUCUUAUUCAGUUUCACGUGUUAGUUGUCAAUCGUUAAAAACAAACUGUGUUUUGUUAUUUUAUUACAUUUAUUUCUUAAGUAUUAGUCAAGUAAAUAAAAAUGCAGCACGACGAUGUUAUUUGGAGCAUAAUCAAUGGUUCAUUCUGCUCAUUCAAAACAAGAGCAAAGAACACACAGAAGUUUUGCCGAAAUGAGUACAGUUUAACGGGACUGUGCAACCGUUCCUCAUGCCCUCUGGCCAACAGUCAGUAUGCAACCAUACGAGAAGAAAAUGGUGUGUGUUUCUUGUACAUGAAAGUCAUUGAGAGGGCAGCGUUCCCGCGCAGACUCUGGGAGAAAGUGAAACUGUCACGUAGCUAUGAGAAGGCACUCAAACAGAUUGAUGAAAACCUAAUUUACUGGCCAAAGUUUGUGAAGCACAAAUGCAAGCAGCGAUUUACCAAGAUAACACAAUACCUGAUCAGGAUCAGAAAACUGACCUUAAAAAGACAGAAGAAGCUAGUGCCACUCAGCCGCAAGGUGGAGCGGAGAGAAAAGCGCAGGGAGGAGAAGGCAUUGGUUGCUGCCCAGCUGGACACGGCCAUAGAGAAGGAGCUCCUGGAGAGACUCAAACAGGGGACUUACAAGGACAUCUACAAUUUCCCCCAGAAAGCAUUUGACAAGGUGGUGGAGGGGGAGGAGGUGGAGAUGGAGAGUGACUCUGACCACGAUGAGGGUGAACAUGAGUCAGAAAGCGAGGAGGAGGGAGAAAUGGAGGAGGAGUCGGACUCUGGUGAAAUAGAAUACAUUGCCGAAGAGGAAUUUGAAGAAAGUGAUGCUGACGAUAUGGAGGAUAUGGAUCGCCUUCAAGAUCAGUCGAGCUCUGCCGAAGAUUCUUCUGAUGAAGACAAACCUGGCCCCUCGAAAGCAACGGCUCCUGCACGCAAACCUCGAAGGAAGGUGGAAAUCGAAUAUGAGCAUGAGACAGAAGACUUGUCACGGACUAAGUCUAAAGUCAAGACGUGAAACUUGUGUGAUUAAUUGUUUGUCAUUGAUUUAUUACACAUGGUGAUGUUGACAGUGUGGCCAGGAUUAGCUGAUCUGUUUCGCAUGAUCAAUUGAGGCCUCAAGAAAUAUGUUCGAUUGAUCAUUGUUAUGGCUUACCAGAUAAAUGAAUCUUAGGAGAUGGUAUUCAAGUAUUUUAAUAUAUAUUUAAUUUUGGACUUAGACUGUUAAAAAUAGAACACAAUUGUAAAUUUUACAUUGAUAUUUAAAAAAAGUACUUGCUUAAUUUCAUCAACCUAUGAUUUGAAUGUGAAUUUAGUAGUAAAUAAAACAUACGGAUAUUAA